CACACAAUUGUCGUUCCCGAAGGUGUUGACGAGCUACAAAGUAUCGCCGCACAAGCACUAAACUCCGUAGAGCGCGAGCUCGACUCGCCAUUGUGUCUGGUCGACUUGGACAAGAUCGACGAACAAUUCCGUAUUUGGAAUCAGGCUUUUGACGGCCGUGUGGAACCCUUUUACGCCAUAAAGUGCAACCCCGACCCAGUGAUCAUCGAAAGACUGGCGCAACUCGGCGCAAACUUUGAUUGCGCGAGUGAGCAGGAGUUGCGCAUUGUCCUGGAAGUGCUAGAAAACCUGAAUCCAAAUUCACCUUCAGCUCGCCGUUAUCUUCAACCUGGUGAACUUGAGGAGCAGGCGACGGCCACGACCAGCUGCACUAUGACUAUUCGAUCUCAAGAACUACAUGAUUGUGAAGAUUCUCCAACAGACCACACAGAGUCAUCAAAAACAAGAGGUCGUGACCUUGGUUCACGUGUGAUUUUUGCGAAUCCGUGCAAAUUUCGUUCGCACUUUCAGUUCGCCCGUGACCAUGGUGUCCGAAAGUUGACGUUUGACAAUUUGAAUGAACUAGAGAAGACGAAAGAGAUCUUCCCCUCUGCAGAGUUAGUCUUGCGGAUUCGAGUGGAUGAUAGUCAAGCACAGUGCCCUAUGUCGAUGAAAUUUGGUGCGGCCGAACCUAGUUGGCGGUCCUUGCUCGAGAAAGCGAAGGAGUUGGAACUCAACCUCAAAGGCAUAUCUUUUCACGUAGGCAGUGGAUGCACGACACCAGGCUCUUUCAAAAAAGCACUCACAGACGCAGCGAACCUGUUUCAGCUAGUCGAGGAGGAAUACAGGUAUUUUCUUAAGAACUACUCAUAAUUAACUUUUUGUUGACUUCUAUCGUGAUGCUGACGCAGAUGCCAUGAAGACUUCAUCGUCACGCUUUUUUUGCAUAAUAGAUUCCCAUCGAUGAAGAUUGCGUAGAUUGUUGAAAAACAUUUUUUAUUCUUGCUACUCUUUAUUCAGCUCGGCAUUCCCUUGCAUGGAUUUGCUGGAUAUCGGUGGUGGCUUUCCCGGUGAUGCGGGGACGCAGCAUUUUGCAUCAAUGGUCCGCGAAAUCUUGCAGGAGUUGGACGCCCAGGUCGUUUUUCGCGGUAAGCGCGUGAUUGCUGAACCCGGCAGAUUCUUUGCGCAUCAGUGCACUUCUCUCUUGACGAAAAUCUAUUCGGUCACGGAGUUGCCCCAACAACAAAUGCGUACUAGCAUUAGUACAUCAUCGCCAUCGCCUAAAGAAGGAGAACAAGCAGGAGAUCAUGAGGUAAGAGAACAAAUUACAACAACGAGGACAUCUUCAUCAAAAACCGAAGACAGCACCACAUCAAGCACAACUUCGAACAACAUGUCGCUGCAAGUGCAAAGUAACAAGAAGAUGUUUCGUUAUUUCCUUUCAGACGGUGUGUAUGGAAGUUUCAACAACCUCGUGUACGACCAUGCGAAGCCAGAAAUUCCGAUACCACUCCGAGCACAGUCUAUGAUUGAUAACCAAGAGGAUCAGGAACUGGACAACCACCUAGAAGUCCCAGAAGAUCAUGGAUCACAGCAGUUACAACCUUCUUUGCUUUUUGGCCCAACUUGUGACGGAUUUGACUUGAUCACGCAAUUGGAUUUGCCGGAGCUACGAGAGAACGACUGGUUAUUGUGGAAGUGCAUGGGCGCAUACACGCAAGCUGCUGCGAGUCGAUUCAAUGGGAUGCCGCUUCCUCGAAAAUAUUACUUCAGG